AUGAGUAGCAAGAAGAAAGAUGUAUCCUCUUACAGUAUCCUGGAGAGACGGAACAUGGGGAAUAUGGUUGUGGGAGGUGAUGCUUCAUCUCAUCAUUUAGUUUUCAUCACCCAGUUCAUUAGUGAAAAAAUCAGUCGAGUAGAAAAAACGAAACUAGAUGACGAAUUCAUAGAAAUGGAAAGGAAAAUAGAUGUAACCCAUAGAGCAUUUAUAGAGCUUCUUUCAAAAUGCACCAUGUAUCUUCAGCCAAAUCCAGCAUAUAGAAUGAAGCUAGGAGUGAUGCAGACUGUGUCCAAGAUCACAGGGCAGUUGAAAAACCAAACAUACCCACAUUCUGAAGGGAUACUAGGAGACUGUAUGCUGCGCUAUGGGUCAGAACUUGGAGAAGAAUCCCUAUUUGGCCAAGCAUUGUUGGAUUGUGGUGAAACAAUGAAGUUGAUGAGUGAUAUAAAAGAAGCUCUUGAUAUCAAUGUGAAACAAAACUUUUUAGAUCCAUUGCAUUUAUUAGAAGACAAAGAACUAAGAGAGAUUGAGCGUAACUUGAGAAAGCUGGAAGGCCGUCGUUUGGACUAUGAUUAUAUGAAAAGACGUGAGACUUCCUUUAUACAAGCUGAAGAAUUGCAAAGAGCAGGAGGAAAAUUUGAACAGUCAAAGGAGUUGGUUAGAACCAGCAUGACUAAUUUUUUAGAAAAUGAUAUAGAGCAAGUUAACCAGUUGGCAGUAUUUAUAGAAGCCCUGUUAGACUAUCACAGACAGAACACAGACAUUUUGGAGGAUCUAUACAGGAAAUUACAUCACCGAAUACGUAUAACACCUUAUAACUAUAAGUCACAUACUUCAAUCAAGACUUAUAAGGUUAAAGAUAAUGAUGGAUUUAGCUCUUCAGAAAGUUCAGGUCCUUCAAUUUCCAACAUUGCCCCAUGCUGUCGUGGUCUCUAUGAUUUUGUUGCCGAACAUGACGAAGAACUUGGAUUUAAAGAAGGGGACAUCAUUACAAUAACCAGUCAAGUAGAUGAAAACUGGUAUGCAGGAAUACUCCAGGGAAAAUAUGGAUUCUUCCCCAUUACCUACGUUCAUGUGCUAGUGCCUUUGCCUUCGAAUUUGCCUUAUUAG